AUGCCUCGCGGAUCAGAGAAGACUGAUGAUGAAUCACUGAAAUGGACGAAGCUGAUGGAUUUCCGAUCUCUGCUCGUAUUCUCGAUGCUUUUGCGUGUGUUUCUGAUUGUAUACGGAGAAUGGCAAGAUGCUCACAUGGAGGUCCGGUACACUGAUGUCGAUUACAUUGUCUUCUCUGACGCUGCGUCGUUGAUGGCAUCCGGUGAAUCUCCUUACAAGAGAACCACAUACCGUUAUUCACCUCUGCUCGCGCUUCUUCUCAUCCCCAAUUCAAUCUUUCAUCGCUCGUGGGGAAAGUUUCUCUUCUCUGCUUCUGAUUUGCUGGUGGGUUUGUUUAUCCGUAUGAUUCUGAAACAACGUAAGGUGCCUGAGAAGAUAUGUACGUAUUCUGUAAUGGUAUGGCUUCUCAAUCCGUUCACAUUCACAAUCGGAACCAGAGGGAACUGUGAACCUAUCGUUUGUGCCAUGAUCUUAUGGAUCAUUAUCUCCCUAAUGAAAGGUCAUUUGUCACAAGCUGCAUGUUGGUACGGCCUUGUUGUGCAUUUCAGGGUGUAUCCUAUUAUCUACGCCUUACCAAUCAUUCUGGUCCUCGAUCCCCAGAUAUUUAGAUCUGGUCCAAAACCGCUUCUUGAGGAUUGGAAUACUGGUCAGGUCAAGACGCGUACUAGCAGCAACACGGAGAAGAAAACAUUCAUCCUCAAUCUUGUGUCUUUGUUUUCUAGGGAAAGAAUCAUGUUUGCUUUGAUAUCCGGGGGAGUUUUCAUAGCCUGCAAUGCUGUUUCCUACUAUUUUUACGGACACGAGUUCCUCCACGAGGCUCUCUUAUAUCACCUCACUAGGACGGAUCCAAGGCACAACUUCUCCAUCUACUUCUACCACAUAUAUCUUCACUACGAGCGCCAGUUUUCUCCUGUGGAGAAGCUUAUCUCUUUCUUACCUCAGUUCACAGUACAGUUUGCACUAGUCUUCUGCUUCUCGAAAGAUCUAGUCUUCUGCAUCUUUCUCCAAACCGUUGCUUUCGUGGCUUUCAAUAAGGUGAUAACAGCACAGUACUUUGUGUGGUUCUAUUGUCUUCUACCUUUGAUUCUACCGUGGAGCCGUAUGAAGCUGAGAUGGGAAGGCUUUUUAUGCAUCAUCUUAUGGAUCGGAGCUCAGACGCAUUGGCUGUUAUGGGGAUACAUGCUCGAGUUCAAGGGCGUUAACGUCUUUCUACAGCUAUGGAUGGCGAGUUUGGUGUUUCUUGCUGCAAACACAUUUGUCCUCGUCAAAAUCAUUCAGCGCCAUCGAUUCUCUCCUCUCUUCAGACAUAAUGAAUCCUCUGAUAGAAAGAAUGUUACCAAACUUGACUGA